AUGACAAAGGUUGUUCUACUCAAGUUGGCUUUUCUAGGUUUCUACAAGGUGAUCAAGCAAGGCGUACUGCUGAUUCAAGACUUUCCCUCUACGGUUGUGCUCUACUUUGGUCAGUAUCUGCAAGGCUAUCUAUCCAUGUUUACUGCUGGCUCUCGAUCGUCUCUUCUUGGUUGCGCUUGGUUAUGCUUGGCUGUGCUUGGUUGUGGUCAGCAAGUUCCACGAUCACAAGGCGCCUUCAAGGCUAUCCAUCAAGACAUACCGAUACCUCAAAACUGUCUCUCUUUGAUAAUGCUCUAUCUUAGUCCGUAUCUGCAAGGUCUUUUGUACAAGUAUCACUGGACUUUCAAGACUGGUUUUCCUAGCUCUGGUUCUCUUUGGCCUUCCAAGGUGUUUGUUCAAGGCUUCAACAGGUCUUCAUGGUGUGCGUUUCCUUCUUUGAGUCUUCUUGUUUCUGUUUAA